AUGGUUUCAACAGAACAAACAAUGCAGAAAGAAAUAGACCGUAGGGUUGCAAACACGUGGAAAAGAUUUUGGUCUCUCAGUGAGGUGAUGAAAAACAAAGAUAUGCCCAUGUCUGAAAAAAGGAAAAUAUUUAACAUGUGCAUACUACCCUGCCUGACGUACGGUUGUCAGACAUGGGCAUUAACAGAACAACAACAUAAAAAGCUGGAAGUGUGCCAAAAUGGUAUAGAAAGGAGUGUUGCAGAAGUACGGAGAAGAGAUAGAAUAAGACAAGUGGAUAUAAAACAACGAACUAAGUUCAAGAACGCAACUUCUACGUACAGAAGACUAAAAUCGAGAUGGACGGGACAUAUGAUAAGAGAGAAGAACGAGAAAUGGACCAAAUUAAUUACAGAAUGGUACCCGAGAGAUGGUCACAGAAGCAGAGGUAGACAAUUUAAGCGUUGGGAGGAUGAUUUUAAAAAGUUAGCGGGACCGUGCUGGAUCCGAGUCGCAAAAGACAGAAAAGAGUGGAAAUACUUCGAGGAGGCCUUAGUCGAAAGACAAGCUUCGUCUCGUGUGAGCAACGCGAGCGGUGACGCGUGCGAGCGCCGUGACCCCUGCCAGCAUGGCGGCGUGUGCAUCAGCACUGAUAACGGUCCCAUCUGUGAGUGCAGGGACGAGGAUUAUGAGGGCGCCUUCUGUGAGAGAGAUAAGGCGCCGUCGGAGGCGACGUUCCGCGGUGCCGAGUUCCUCUCGUACGACCUGACGCAGACCGGUGGCGAGCCUAUCGUUAGCGCGCAGGACGCCAUCUCUCUGUACUUCAAGACGCGACAGCCCAAUGGACUGCUCUUCUAUACAGGCCAUGAAGCAGAUUAUCUGAACUUGGCCGUACGUGACGGAGGUCUCUCACUAACAAUGGGCCUUGGCAACGGCAAGCAGGAGAUGCAUAUCAAACCGGCGAAGACGAGAUUCGACGACCAUCAGUGGCACAAGCUUACUGUGAGAAGACGGAUACAAGAGAUUACGCCGUUUACAAGCUUUUGUCGGGUGUCGGCUGUAGUGGAUGACGUGUACUCGGAACAUUCCCACGUGGCCGGCUCCUUCACAAUGCUGGCCAGCUCCAGGGCUCAUGUUGGAGGAUCGCUAAAUGCUAGAGCACUUCCCGGCGCUAGAGUUCAUACAAACUUCAUCGGCUGUUUGAAGAAAGUGGAGUUCUCAGCAGACACUUUGAGACUGAAUCUAAUAGACUUAGCACGCACUGGCAGCAAGCUGAUUGCAGUUACUGGCCGGCUGGAGUACGCUUGCACCGCCACAGACUCCGCAGACCCGGUUACAUUCAGCACUAGGGAUGCACAUUUGAUUUUACCAAAAUGGGAGGCGGUGAAGACAGGAACUAUAUCAUUCAAGUUCAGAACGAAUGAACCGAACGGUUUGAUACUGUUCAACAUGGGCGCGAAGCCACCAAGGGUAGGUUGCACGGCGGAUCUCUUCGCUGUGGAAAUGUUGAAUGGUUACAUCUACGUGCACGUGGACCUGGGGUCCGGCGGCGUACGUGUCCGCGCCUCGCGUCGUCGCGUCGACGACUCACACUGGCACGAGUUUCUGCUUCGAAGGACCGGGAGAGACGGGAGAGUAACUGUUGAUGGAGCUAAUGCUGAGUUUAAAACGCCUGGUGAAUCAAACCAGCUGGAACUAGACGGGCCGUUGUUUGUCGGUGGCUUGGGAUCUGAGUAUUCCGCGUCCAGGACCCCACCAGCGUUGUGGACGGCGGCGCUGCGUCAAGGAUUCGUUGGCUGCAUCCGAGAUUUGGUGCUGAACGGAAAGCCUCAGGAUCUGACGGCUUACGCCAGACAACAGGAUUCAGCGUCGGUGCGUCCAGCGUGUCACGUGCUGAUGAAGCAAUGUGUGAGCUCGCCCUGUCAGCACGGCGGCGUCUGCUCUGAGGGCUGGAACCGGCCGCUGUGCGACUGCUCCGCUACCAACUACGCCGGACCUACGUGUGGAAGAGAGUCAGCAACGAUGUACCUGAAUGGCAGCCAGCACCUGACGGCGGCGCUGGGGCCGGAACACGUGACGCAGACGGAGGAGCUGAUGUUGAGGUUCCGCACGAGCAAGGCCGGGCUGUUGCUGCGCACCGCUGCCGACCACUCCGCGGACAGGAUCGAGCUGGCCGUUGCCGCGGGCAGAGUGCGCGCCAGCGUCCGGCUCGGGGAUAGGGAAAAGAAUCUGCUGGCGGGUUCUAACGUGGCGGAUGACACUUGGCACACGGUUCGCUUCUCUCGGCGCGCGUCCAACCUGAAGCUGCAGGUGGACGCGGGCCCCGCCGUGCGCGGUACGUUAUGUACGUAUGCACGGGACCGCACCCCUGAAACGAUUUUAGGUAAAGCAUCCACUUUAGAAAUCUCAACUCUUCAUUUGGGUGGACUAUUUCAUCCCGAAGAAGAAAUACAAAUGACGUCGACUUUGCCCAAUUUUGUUGGGUAUUUACAAAAAUUUGUUUUCAAUGGAAUUAAAUAUAUAGACAUGGCUAAAGCCCUCGGAAUUGGAAGUUCUGAUGAAAACAAUAAUGUAUAUGAUACGUCCAAUAUAAUAUUUAAUGGAAAAUUUGUGAAGCCGGACUCUCUAAAUGUUUAUAAGUCUGUGACAUUUAAAUCUAAACACACUUACGUGGGUUUGCCGUUGCUAAAGGCAUAUGGGAAUACGUAUUUGGACUUUUACUUUCGGACGACUGAGAUGGAUGGUCUAUUAUUUUAUAACGGAGGAAAGAAACAGGACUUUAUAGCUGUGGAACUAGUCAAUGGCCACAUACACUGUGUAUUCAACUUAGGCGAUGGAGUGGUCACUAUGAAAGAUAAAUUGAAGAAUUUUUUGAACGACAACCGCUGGCACACUGUGUCGAUUCGUAGACCCACGCCAAAGGUACACACAUUGCAAGUUGAUGAGGACUUAGAACUGCAUACAACGAGUUCAACGCUGAUGUUGGAGUUGGACAGCGUGUUGUACGUAGGUGGUGUACCCAAGGAGCUGUACAGUGCAUUGCCAGUGGGUGUGCUGUCGCGGCAGGGCUUCGAGGGCUGCAUGGCUAGCCUCGACCUGCCCGGAGAGUCGCCCUCGCUUAUAGAGGACGCGGUCGUGCCGAGUUCUUCGCUUGUCUCUGGAUGUGAGGGCCCAACAAAAUGCACACACAAUGCGUGCGCUAACAAAGGCGUGUGCGUGCAGCAAUGGAACACGUAUGUGUGUGACUGCGAUCUCACUUCCUUCACCGGACCGACGUGUUAUGACGAGUCGAUAGCAUACGAGUUCGGGCCGGGUCGGGGCGCACUAACACACACGCUGCCGCCGCACGCGCGCGCCGACACCGAGGCGGAUCGCGUCGCUCUCGGCUUCCUCACCAGCAAACCUGAUGCAGUGUUACUGCGCAUCGAGUCCUCCAAUACACAGGAUUAUAUGCAGAUGGAGAUUAUUCGCGGUAACCUGUUCAUGGUGUACAAUGUUGGUGGUGGUGACCACCCGCUGGGUGACGAGGCGGCGCGCGUCGACGACGGCGUCUACCACGUGGCCAGCUUCACACGUAAUGGUAGCCGCGCCGCGCUACAGCUUGAUAACUACGCUGUCAACAUACGUCAUCCGCAAAGCGGUCAACAAUCGACAAUAUUUAACAGCAUGUCGACAAUAACUGUCGGCGGGGGCCCGGGGGGUUCCAGAACAUUCAGCGGAGUUGUAGCUGGGCUGGUCGUAAACGGCGUCAGAGUUCUAGACUUGGCAGCCGCGGGUGACCCCUCGGUUACAUUGCGAGGAGACGUGAGGAGGGCUCACACUCCACUGGACAGAGAUAUUAAUAGAAUGCAGCAGACGCCACCGUCAGGAUAUGGCGGGGGCGCGCCGGACGAGCUGGUGUACUCUGGCGCGGGCUCGGGCUGCCGCGACGACGACGAGGACGCGUGCGCGGCUCCCGACCCGGCCGGCGACGACCUCAUUACGCCCGUGUACGUGCCCGCCACACGACGCCCGCCUACUAAACUCCACAAGGGUGACCAAAGCGGGAAGCUGAUGAAGCCAUGUGAUGAUGAAGACUGCAUUGAAGGCUCGGGUUCCAACGGUGAAGAUAUAACAGAGCCUGACCAUCCCACCACAAGUUCUGGAACUAGCAGCACUCACAGCCUCACAUCGCCGGCCACUGCGAUAUCGACGGAACACGUUGACAAGACGCUGCCAGGAUCUACUACGGGGGGCACGCGGGGCACGGAGAGCACGGCCACGCCCACGCCCACUGCACGUGACCACGACAACAUGCACGCACCCACUGUCCACUCCACUACGACUGAUAAGAAGACCACGCCCACUGAGGAACACACGCAUACUGGUCAUUUUACACCUUCAAUGACCGGCCGACACACUCCUGAAACCACGCUAACAACGGAAGAUACCAACCACAUACCAGAGUACGAAGACCGUCGAGAGAACGAAAUAGAAAUACGCACGCCCGUCUACGAAGUGGGAAGCGAAAGGGACAGAGUGCCAGGAAGAAUACAUCCGGAUUACAACGGUUACGAGCACGAGAUCACCACCAAGUGGUACCAUCCAAAGACUACUGACAGUAGGGUUGUCCCUCCGGAGUCAGAGUUCUUUGCUACAAUAGUUGGGAUAGUUGCGUCAGUGCUGAUCGCAAUAAUACUGAUAGUUAUCAUCGUGCUCAAGUAUUAUGUGUUCAAGAUCGAUAACUCAUACAAAGUGACGGAGGACAAAAACUAUCAGCAAGGCGCCAGCGCAGCUUUGCUCGGAAACCAGCAACCACACUCUAGCUAUCAAAGUGCGUCAAAUGGCAAUGGCGGUAGCGGCGCGUCCCGCAACCUGCAGCCGCUGCCGCUCAGCCGCAGCGCCGCGCCCGCCGCCCCGCUGCCCGCACACCCCGUCAAGCGAGACGGCAUCAAGGAGUGGUACGUGUAA